AUGGGUGGCCAGCGAAACGGUGACGGGUUCCUGACGAGGGAGGAGAAAAGGCUGAAGGAGGACCGCGAGAAGGUCAAGUACUGGAAGAAGUGGGGACCUUACGUACCCGAGAGGCAAUGGGGCACUGUUCGAGAGGAUUAUAGCGCGAAUGGCGAUGCGUGGGCGCACUUUCCACAUGACCAUGCGCGAUCUCGCACUUACCGAUGGGGCGAGGAUGGCAUUGCUGGCGUUUCGGACACUCAUACGCUUAUGAAUGUUGCAUUUGCGUUUUGGAACGAAGAGGACGACUUUUUGAAGGAGCGGCUAUUUGGGCUGUCGAAUCCCCAGGGAAAUCAUGGUGAGAGUGUCAAGGAAGCCCACUUCCAUGUUGACAAUGUACCGCACUCGUACAUGAAAUUCCUCUACAAGUACCCCCAGAAAAAGUUCCCUUACGAACAACUCAUCCAAGAGAACGCCAAGCGCGGAAAAGAAGACCGAGAGUACCAGCUCUUCGACACUGGCAUCUUCGACGAAGACAGGUACUGGGACAUCUUCAUCGAGACGGCUAAGGAGGACGACGACCCCGACGAGCUCCUCUUCCGGGUCACCGCCUGGAACCGCGGGCCCGACCCGGCCCCUCUCCACAUCCUCCCUCAUGUCUGGUUCCGGAACACCUGGGCAUGGGGUAGGGACGUUCCCGAGAACAAACCCUCCAUCGAGAUGUACGCUGAAAGCAUGGUCAAGACGAAGCACCACAAGCUCGGUGAGCGCUACGUCCUCAUGUCGCCAUCCCCGGGCGUCGGGUUGACGGGGAACGAUGUGAUUCCCGAGAUGAUAUUUACCGAUAAUGACACGAACUUUGAGCUGCUUUAUGAGGGCAAGAACCAGGUUCCGUACGUCAAGGAUGCGUUUCAUCGAUAUGUCGUGGACGGCGAGAAGGGGGCUGUUAAUCCCGCGCAGGAGGGGACGAAGUGCGCGGCUUGGUUUACGUUUAAUGAGGAUGGGGGUGUGCUUCCCGGGGAGUGCGCUGUCGUCCGAUUCCGCCUCACGAAGAGAAACGAUCCGUUCCUUGACGAGGAAGAGUUCGACAACAUCAUCGACAGGCGCAAGGAGGAAGCCGACGAGUUCUACUACAAAAUCAGCCCCCUCCCCAUCUCCGACGACCUACGCAACAUCCAGCGGCAGGCCUUCUCUGGCAUGUUGUGGUGCAAGAAGCACUACUACUUCGUCUACGACCAGUGGGCAAAUGGCGAUCCGACCCAGCCGCCCCCUCCCCGCGAGCGCAAGGCCGUCCGAAACAUGCGGUGGAAACACAUGCACUGCGACGACAUCUUGUCGCUGCCCGACUCGUGGGAGUAUCCGUUCUUUGCGGUAUGGGAUACGGCGUUUCAUUGUAUCACGCUUGCUAUGAUUGAUCCGGAGUUUGCGAAGAAGCAGUUGGAUUUGUUUACUAGGGAGUGGUAUUGUCAUCCUAAUGGUCAGCUUCCUGCCUAUGAAUGGGACUACGAGGACGUCAACCCCCCGGUGCACGCAUGGGCUACCUUCCGCGUAUUCAAGAUAGAGCGGAAAAUGCACGGUCGACAAGAUCUAGACUUCCUCGAACGCGUGUUCCAGAAGCUGCUGAUGAACUUUACCUGGUGGGUUAACCGAAAGGACAUGGAAGGCAAGAAUCUGUUCGAGGGAGGUUUCCUCGGCCUCGACAAUAUCGGCAUCUUUAACCGCUCCGAGCCUCUUCCCACCGGCGGUGUCUUGGAGCAAGCCGACAGUACUGGCUGGAUGGCAUUCUACUGCCUGUGCAUGCUCAAUAUCGCUCUCGAGUUGGCAAAGUAUAGGCGGACAUACGAAGAUAUCGCGUCCAAGUUCUUCGAGCACUUCAUCUUCAUCAGCGACGCCAUGACGUUCCGGACUGGUCAAAAGGACGAAAAGUCUCUAUGGAACGAAGAGGACGGCUUCUAUUACGACGCGAUAUCCUGGGGCGGUCCCCACAACCAGCAGCUCCCCGUGCGAUCGCUCGUCGGCCUGAUCCCCCUCUACGCCACCCUGACGCUCGAGCCCGAGCUCGUCAACAAGCUCCCCUCGUUCAAGAGGAGAGUCGAGUGGUUCACCAAGAACAGGUGCGACAUCGCCGAGCGAAACAUGGCCAGCAUCCGCAAACGCGGUAAAGGCAACCGCAUCCUGCUCGCCAUGGUGAGCAAGGACCGGCUCGAGAAGAUCCUCCGCAAGAUGCUCGACCCGGCCGAGUUCCUCUCCGACUACGGCGUCCGCUCGCUCUCCAAGUACCACAAGGACCACCCGUUCUCGAUGAACGUCAACGGCCAGGACUUCCGUGUGUCAUACGUGCCCGGGGACUCGGACAGUAACCUCUUCGGUGGGAAUAGUAACUGGCGGGGGCCCAUUUGGCUCUGCGUCAACUUCCUACUCGUCGAGGCGCUGCAGCGCUUCUACCUCUUCUAUGGACCAGAGUUCCGCGUCGAGUGUCCCACGGGUAGCGGGGACUACAUGCAUCUGGGCCACGUCUCGGAGGAGCUGCAGCAUCGGCUUCAGCACUUGUUUACGAGGAAUGAGGACGGGAGGCGCAGUAUGAAUGGGGGGAACGAUACUUAUGACUUUGAUCCGUACUGGAGGGAUUAUCUUUGGUUUUACGAGUUGUUCGAUGGGGAUUCUGGGAGAGGACUCGGAGCUACGCAUCAGUGUGGAUGGACGGGCCUCAUCGCGAAGAUGAUUCACGAUACAGGAAUGUCCUGUCGCCUCCCCCAAACCCCACGCACCCCCGCCGUCGGCCUCGACCACUACUUCGACGAAGUUAUCCGCCGCCCCUCCCUGAGCCUCACCACCUCCUCCAAACCCCACAAGCUCCGGCGCGCAUCCACGGCCCGAUCCAUCGGCGCCCGAAGCGACUUUAUCAACGACCAAUCGGAUGCCUCCCAAUCCCAAUCCCUGGUCGGGCUCGGCAUCCGCGCUGACGACAACGACAACGGUGAAGUCGAGGAAGAAGAAGAGGGCCUUCCUUCGUCUUUUGCUUCGCCGACGACGGAGGUGGAUCCCCGGUUGCAUAGUUAUGUGGCCGAGCAGCUGGAGCGGUAUUCGGCGCUUUUGGGGGAUGAGGCGGGGGGGAUUGAGCAGUUGGAGGAGGAGUUUGAGGCUACGCCUUAG